UGACCAAUUAUUAUAAAGUUAUUAAUUCCCAAACUGUGAAAGGCAAACACGUCGUCUUGGACGCUCCCCACUGGUUAGAGAAUCUAAAUUAACCGCGGAGGUACAGUUUUUAGAAAGACCAUGGAGUGCGCUCUAUACUUUUUGCGGGGGCAGAAGGAAUAAGAACCUCCAGUAUGGUAGCAGUUUUGUUUUGUUAUAGUAAUAUUUUUAAGGUGCUAGUGGGGAGUGUAUCCGUGCCUCAAUCUUUUUACUAAAUAAAAUUAUAAUUGUUAACUAGUCGUGUUUGUUAUUAUGUCCGACUUUGAAGAGGGCCAGAUCUCCGAGGAUCAGUGGGACCAUAGCCCAACGGAUGAAUUCCCGACAUCAGAAGUGGAAUGCCGACGCCGACCACGUGCAUUUAAGUGCGCUUAAUUUUACUCGACUCCUCGACCGUGUCCUCGGUGGACAAGAAAUGACAUUGCCCGAGUUCAACCCCCGCAGCGAGGAGUGCGAUUCACGAGCUUGGAUUAAAACAGUGGUGUUUUUUACACAAAACUGAACGGUCCGGACGGCGCCUUAUAAUGCACUUAUCCAAAGCUUUAAAACUAGACGCUGCCAGCUGGUUAACAACCGUGGUACAUCCUGAUCUGACCUGGGACGAAUUCCGAACUGCAUUUAUUACGCACAUAGAACACUAGCUGGUGUUUUCCUUAAACGUUUUGGCGAACAACCAAAGGAAGGAGAAAGUCUUUUGACUUUUGCUGCAAGGACCAUAAAUACUAUAACAGCGCAAUGCAGGGAAGCCGACAUUGAAGAAAUGGCUGUUAGCAUGGCAUUGGCUCAAUUCGCCCCCGUUAGCCAGAAAGCAAGACAUCUUGCAUUCACAACCAAUAUCAAAACUCGCGAUCGUCUUAUGCAAGAGCUGAGGGCUAUCUCCAUGGACAUCCAAAAGAAGUUCUGAUAAAAUGUAUGGCGAAGGAUCACCAAUUAAGAAACCACGUUUCCUAUCGUCUUCACCAGGACGAAUGAGUGCAGCAAGUGUACGCUGUUUUUUCUGUAACCGACUUGGACAUCGAUCGAUGGAUGCCGCAUGAAGAAAAUAUUUUCUCAGUCGACCACGGGAUCUUUCACGCCGACCUGCUACAACUGUAAUCAGAAAGGACAUCUUUCCAACCGAUGCCCGAAGAAGAUGAACUCGCCCAAAACAGCAAUGCUGAAAACUACACCGGACGUCAGGCCGAUCGACAAACGGGUGUGUUUGUGCGCAGCCAACCCCGCAGGAGAACUCGAACACAACGGUGAGCGUUACCAUUUUAUUUUGACUCGGGCUCAGAGUGCUCUCUUCUCAAAUCAAGUUUAGAAAAAAUAUUUCAAGGAACACGAUUUUCAAAUUUAAUUAACUUGUCGAUGAAGGGGAGCGGCUGGUUCUUAAAAAAUAUUGACGGUCUCCUCUGCGCGUUAUUCGAUUCCGACCCUUAGGUGCUUGCAGCUUUAUUCUGCUUCCGCCGAAAAUAGUCUCUAGAAAAGCAGUUAUAAAUGUGCAAAACAAUUACGAGCGGUGUUUCCAAUACGCCAUACCCUCCCAUCUCGUGGAGGGCGCCCACCCGGAACGUGUAAGUAAAUACGCAAACUUGCAACAUAGAUAUAAUUUCGACUGCAUUUCCUUCCCCACACCUCUCCAACAGGUGAAAACGUUUGAACACCACAACAUCAGUAUAAACGUUUUCGGUGUUGGAGAGUCGGGCGACGUAUGUAUCCUCUCAAAGUAGUCAAGCAGGAGAAGGCCGAUCACCGCGAUCUCCUUCUCCUCACAUCGGAUGAAGGGCGAAGCCACUACACAUACAUAAACGAUUUUAACAAAUUAGUGGCUUCGCAAAUUUCCGGUCACCACAGCGGAAGACACGUCUGCAACCGCUGUCUCACCCAUUUCAAUAUGGACGGGAGGGACAUCGCUUGCAGGAUGAGGGAGCACAUGGAGUACUGUGGAACAAACAAAGCGACCCGAAUCGUCCUCCCGGCUUGCGACGGCAACGGGAAUCCUCCGACAACGUCGUUUAUCAACAUCCAACGACAGAUGAGGAUUCCCUAUGUCGUCUAUGCAGAUUUUGAAUCUAUACUGCAAAAGAUUCAUCCGGGGGACGACUCGGUUCGGACACAAACGACGCCUUACCAGAUACAUAUCCCGAUGAGUUUCUGCGUCCAUGUAAGGGUCGCAGAUGCCAUCCCACGCCACCUUCUACCCAUAAAUUCCCCCGCCGAACCCUACGUCUACACGAGUGACGAUUCGGCGAAGAAAUUUAUGGAGUACAUUAAAGACGUGGCGGAGAAGGUUUCUCUGGUGUACUCCAAUGUGCGGCCCAUGCUACCCCUGACACUUGCACAGACUGAAGCCUUCCUUAAUUCCACAUCCUGCUAUCUCUGCUCUCCACCCUUCACCGCCGGCAAUAGAAAGGUGCUGGAUCACGAUCACAUCACGGGCUUGUAUCGUGGUCCAGCACAUUUCAAAUGCAAUUUCCUUUAUCGCACCCCUCGUUUCCUACCGGUUCUAUUCCACAAUCUCAGCGGUUACGACGCCCACUUCAUUGUCCGAGAGUUCGGGCGUGACUUGAACGACGAAGAAAAGAAACGACUUCGCAUUCAAGUCAUCCCCAACUCUGUCUUUCGGUAUGCAAGUGGGCGCCUUAUCCGUGAGAUUGGUGGCUCUUUCCGUUUCAUGGCUUCCAGUCUGGAUAAGUUGUCCAAGAAUUUGCCCCGUUCCCACUUUAAGGAGACGGGUAAAUUCUUCCCCGCCGCUCAUUUGGAUCUUGUCGUUAGAAAAGGAGUGUACCCCUACGAUUACAUAGAUUCGUUCGAGAGACGGUUCUGCCCCCGAAGGAGGCUUUCUAUAGCGAAUUGAACGAAAAGCCCA